AAGUUUCGACAACUGCCCGUGCGCCAAAGUCCAAUGGUCGAAGUAGUUGGGGAUGGGGCAUAUAUGGGCACCCCAAUAGAUAGUUUCAAUGGGCUGAAAAUGCACAGACGGUCACACUUUGGGCCUAAAUGGGCUGAAUUGCUUUGAGAUGGUCUCCUAGGGUGGAGUUCACUACUUACAUGACUCCGCAAGCAGAGGUAGGGAGCAGGGAAGAGAGAGAGAGAGAGAGAGAGAGAGAAUUGGGAAGAGAGAGAGGGGAAAGUAAAUGGGGAAGGAAGGGGAAUUGUGGGAUGAUUCAGCUCUCAUCAACGCCUUCGACGAUGCCAUGUCCAAGUACAAGAAAAUGCAUGGAAAGAAAAGAAUCCAGGAUAAAUCAACUGAUGGAGGGAAAUUUGGUGGCGGCACCGAGGAUGAAAAUGCCUCUGCUAUUACUAGGGUCGAUGAAAGUCUGGAUGGGACUGUUAAGGAGGCAGAUGAGAACAGCAAUGUUACAUCGAAUACUGUCACAGAAUUGGAAGAGACUGAAAACCUUGCACCGGCCAAAUUAAAUAAUUGUGUAGAUUCACUUGGACCUGAGCCAUAUGUAGAUCCAUCAAAUGGUGGUGUUCACGCACAAACUCUCAGUGGUUUGUAUUCACAUGGUGCAGAAGAUUAUAACCAGUUACUCGGCCAGUACUAUGAGCUUGAGGAGAAGAGGCAAAGGAUUCUACAGCAACUUAAUCUGCAUGGUGGUUAUAACUACCAAUAUCCUGCUGAAGGUUCAGGUUCUGGUGGUUAUUGGGGAACCUGUUCUGCUUCUCAAGAUCAGUCGGUUGCUGCAACCCAAGCUUCACUCUCCCCUCUCAUCUGUUCUUGUUGCCCUUAUGCUUGUCAUUGUUCAGUGGCUCCAUGCUCUUCAUUCUCAUCUUGUACUUUUGGUGGGACAUCUCUUGGUAAAGCAUGUACUGAUUCUUCUGCCAUGAUGAACCCUGGAAAGUCUUUCCCUCCCAUAGAUGAUGACAUUGUGAAAACAGCAAUGGAUGCUGCAGAAAGAGCAAUGUCAUCCAUGACAAUGAAUACUCCUGUUGUCAACUCCGAUAUAGAAGGCAAUAAAGCUGGGAACAGGAAAGAUAAUGAAGGGGAAAUAACUGAAAAUACAAGCUCUGAAACGGAUCUGACAGUUGUAUUAAACGCUUGGUAUUCUGCGGGCUUCUACACUGGGAAGUAGCAUGUAAAUGGAAAAAAUUGAUCCACAAAAAUUCAUGUGAUCCAAUAAUAGCUUAAUUUGUCGAAGGGAAGCAGAGGAAGUAGAGUGGAUCUGCAUGUGGCUAGCCAUCAAGGGUUCUGGCACUCUGCUAAGAAAAAUCUGUAUAAAAGAGCAGCGUUGAUCAUGAAUUGACUGACUUGAAUCCUUGGUGUCUGCUCACCAAAGAAUUUUUUGAAUCCAACUGAUUAGAUUCUCUGGUAUCAAUAAGUAUGGCACUUGAGCACCUUGAAGUUUUAACUGAUGGUGACAAGUGAUUAUACAAUGUUAUGUCCUUUAACUUGUUAAAACUUUGGUGUUUUCUGAUA